UACCUCUCCGAGCUUAGCCUAUAGACCGGCACUCUUAUGAGUGACAGGUGCAUUGAUAAAGCAUGAUAGUACCUGCUGCUGUCAUGUGAUAAUCUGUUUAUUUCUCUGCUACACAGUACGGGAGAGCGGAUAACUUAAUGCCGCAUUUUCUCUUUGGUGGGUGUAGAAUUAACGAUGCGGAAUAGAAUAGUUUCUGAAACAUUUCAGGAGUCUAGAAGGUAACGUUAACGAAGCUCGUCAUCUACAAAGCCCUCAGUAAGAUUGCCUCUUGAGACGAUAAGGAACUCGAUUCCCCAGGUGAUGAACAUCCCAGAACUCUGAGCGCUCCUCUCCUCUGAGAGUGCGUCUCGCAUCCGGGGAGGACGGGACCCUGUUUAGCCCGAGCUCUUAAUGAAAAUGGCCGUCGCCGCAGAUGCGGAGAUGGAGACCAGGCACACGGCGCUGCGUCUGUACCAACCUAUCCAGGAGCUGAGCUUCGUCAGCGCGUACUUCCCCUCCUCAGGGAGGGCCCGGGGGUCGUGCAGAGUGGCAGGCCUCGCCUCCCUGCUCGCCCGGCCCACAGCUGGUAAUGACUGUGACUGGAAGAGGGACGCCCACCUCGCAGAAGGCGAACAAAGGGCCCAGUCUUACAAGUCGCCGGUCGAACUGCUAAGCUCGUGUGAGACGACAAAGGCGGCGGUGGCAGAGCUGCGCUGGCUGGCUGCCGAGCACCACCAGCUGCUGGCCGAUCUUUUAGCUCUGUGUGGAGACUGCGCCAUCAGGCUCAGGAUGGGCAACCAGGACGGCAAGCUUCAGGAGAACCCGCAGGGGGCCACCGUGCCAGGGCAGACGGGAGUGGGAGAUCAGGCCGUGGGGACAAGCGGCCCGCAGCACCCCCCGUCUCCAGAGCGCAAGAAAGGGGUUCUGAAGAGCAAAAAGCUGAAGAAGCUGGGAGGGAAGAAGAUAGAUAGCGCUGAGGAGUUCCUGCAGAGCAAGUUAAAAAAGAAAGUGGAAAAUGCUACCGGGUUGGAUGUGUCAGGCAACUCCGGGAAGCAGGCGGGGAAAGCAUCAAAUUCCCUUGGUUCUCCUGGUUCUCAAGCCUCUCUUCGUUGCCCUGACACCCCAGAGACGGGCUCCUAUGCCAGCGCGUGUAGUGAGCCCAUCCUGCCCAUGGAUGACGACUUUCACAUCGCCAGGGAAGGCUGGGACUUUAUGGAGGACUCACAGGCCUUCAUGUCCGGGGGUGACCUCUGCAGCGAGCUCUCAGAGUACAACAGCCAGCUCUAUCUGGGCUGCGGGCCCAUCGCAUCCAGCAGCUUCCUGGAGGACACUCAAGGGCCAAGGCAGAGGCUGGAUAGUGGAAAUAACCUCCGUUGUUGGACGGGGAAGAGCAGCUCAUCGGCGCUGGAACAAUGCGCCUCUUCAGACAGGGCCGUAACUAAUUCGGCUAUCGGGCUACACGACCACACAAACAGGAAGGAAACUGGGGUCAAAUCAGCCACAAAGACGCAACAUGAUGCCAAAGCUGAUCCAGAGGUUGACCACGUUAGAACAGACAGACUCACAACACUCAGCUCUGGAGCUGUGGAAGCUGCGUCUCACCCCAGUAGAGACUCCUCAGUGGCAGGGCAAGGCAACAGCCCUCAGGUAGGGCCAGACAUGAUGGGGCAGAAGGGGUGUCCAGGGGCAGACAGACCCAUGGAGGGUCUCAGGCUUCCCCUCAGCUCCCCCUCCACAGCAGGGAAGAGUCAGGCCAGGAGUCCCUCGUCACCCUCACUCUCCGGGGUGUUCAACACCUCCUACCCGGCCUCCAACAGCCUCCAGAGCAUGUCCCCCAUGCUCUCUCCACUCUCGUCCCGGCUGCCCAGUCCUCAGCUCAACCACCGCAUACUCCUGCUGCCAGAGGUGGAGGACUGUAGCCAGGGCCAUGGCCCGGGCAGUGCAGGGUCGAGGCAGCUGGCUUACGGGGCAGCUCUGUCAUUUCCGGAGGACGAAGAUGAGCCCAAGGUCACCACGGAGGUCAUAGAUAAGAAUGGCAACAAGCGCACCAUCACUCGACUGGACCUGAACCUCAGCAGACAGGGAGCGGGGAAUUCCCGGUGGAACAUUUCCGGCAAUUCUCCCAUGUGCACUACAACAGAGGAAGCCCUACUAAGGCAAGAUGACAUUUGGAUGCUCGACGGCGAUGACUCCAUUUCCCAUGAACCUUUCUGUCGAGCCACCAGGCCAGACCACCUGGAGUUCUUACGCAUCACACCCCCAGAGGAUGACAUCAUGGGUGACACACCGUACAACCCAAGACUGGAUGACAUGGCAGAGGUAGCCUCGCCCACCGACAGCGAGGACCGGACCCCCGGGCGGCUCCAGGCGGUCUGGCCUCCACCGAAGCCCAAGGAUGAGGAGGAGAAGGUGGGCCUUCGAUACACUGAAGCAGAGCAUCAGGCGGCCCUCUUGCAGCUGAAGAGGGAAUGCAAAGAGGAGGUGGAGAAACUGCAAGCUGAUUUCGAGCUCCAGAUCUUCCAGGUGCGCGGGGAGCAUGCGGUCACUGUGUCGCGGCUGGAGUCAGCCAUCGCCACGAUGCAGCGCGACCGAGCCUACAGCCCGGGCCACCGGUGCGGGGAGCUGCGCGACGCCUGCGUCUCCACCGAGGACGAGCAGCCGCCCCGCACCACCCGCAACGUCUGCGUGCAGACCGACCGCGAGACCUUCAUCAAGACGCCCGAGGGCGAGGGCGCGCGCCUGGCCACCAGCCCCAACCUCAGCGCGCCCGGGAAACUCAACCCGGACACUCUCAGGAGGGCGGAACAGGGUGGGGUCCCGCCUCCUCCUCCACCUCCCCCUCCACCACCACCCCUGCCUGGCCAAUCAGGAGGGCUCUUUAUCCCUCCUCCACCCCCGUUACCUGGCAGUGCUGCCCCACCUCCUCCUCCUCCGCCACCUCCUCUACCAGGGAUGGGUUCUGGGCCUCCACCGCCUCCCCCCCUGCCUGGUGUAGGGCCUCCGCCUCCCCCACCUCCACCUGGAUGUGGUCCACCUCCUCCGCCUCCCAUGCCAGGUUGUGGCCCCCCACCACCUCCACCCGCCCUAGGUGGGUUUGGGUUCAGUCAGCCCGUGGAGAAAGCCCCACGCAAGCCCACGGUGGAGCCUGCCUGCCCCAUGAAGCCUCUAUACUGGACCCGCAUUCAGAUUCAGGACAGCAAUAACAACACACUGUGGGGAGAUCUGGAGGAGCCGGAUAUCAUCGACACUAAAGAGUUCGAGGAGCUCUUCUCCAAAGCGACCCUCCAGCCAAAGAAGAAGCCCCUGUCUGAAACCUAUGAGAAGAAGGCUAAAACCAAAAAGAUUGUCAAGCUACUGGAUGGGAAGCGGUCUCAGACAGUGGGGAUACUUAUAUCCAGCCUGCACCUGGAGAUGAAGGACAUCCAGCAAGCUGUUUUGACUGUCGACAACUCGGUGGUGGACUUGGAGACCAUUGAGGCUUUAUACGAAAAUAGAGCGACCAGCGACGAGCUCGAGAGGAUCAAGAAGCACUACGACAGCUCCAAGGAGGACGAAGUUAAACUGUUGGACAAACCUGAACAGUUCCUCUACGAGCUCUCCCAGAUCCCAGACUUUUCUGGAAGGGCACACUGCAUCAUAUUCCAGUCGGUCUUCGUGGAGGGAAUCUCCUCCAUCCAUCGCAAAGUGGAGAUUGUUUCCACUGUGUCCAAGGGUCUUCUAGAGCAAGACAGCGUAAAGGACGUAAUGGGGCUGGUGUUGGCCUUUGGGAACUACAUGAAUGGAGGCAAUAGGACAAGAGGGCAAGCUGAUGGCUUUGGCCUGGAGAUCUUACCUAAGCUGAAGGAUGUGAAGAGCAGGGAUAGUCGUAUUUGCUUGGUGGAUUAUGUGGUGUCCUACUAUCUGCGCAAUUUUGACAAGGAUGCAGGCACAGACAAAAGUGUAUUCCCCUUACCCGAGCCUCAGGAUUUUUUCUUAGCUGCGCAAGUCAAGUUUGAAGACCUCUUUAAGGACGUCAGGAAGCUCAAGAGAGAGCUGACAGCAUGUGAGAAGGAUGUCCAGAAGGUGUGCGCCAACUCCCUCGAGGAGCACCUCCAGCCGUUCAAGGACAAAAUGGAGGCCUUCGUCGUCACUGCCAAGUCGGAGCACACUGCGGAGGAUGAACGACUGCAAGCUGCACAGAAGGGAUUCCAGGACAUGGUAAACUACUACGGGCUGAAGCCCAAGUCCGGCGAGAAGGAGGUGGCCCCCAGUUACGUCUUCAUGCUGUGGUACGAGUUCUGCAACGACUUCAAGAACACCUGGAAGCGCGAGGGCAAAAACAUCUCCAAAGAGCGACUGAAGGAAGCGCAGCAGACUGUUCAGAAGAUGACUGCAGAGAAGAGGGUGGAGACUAAAAAGAUCAAUGCAAACAGUCUGAAAGAGAGACUACGCCAGAAGGAAGCAAGUGUGCCCUCCAGCUGAGAGUGGAGAAAGAGAAGAAAUAAAACAAGCACUACCAUCUUCCCUCCACCAUAUGCCUCUUACUCAUACCUCAGCCUUCCCAGUGCACUACAGAGGACCCACUGCAUACUCCAUGUAACAGUAUGCAUACUGUAUACUACUUACAGUAGACAUCUCCUUUGCAAUGCAGCUUCUUUUGCACAUAGAAGGACCACCAUGCCUGGAAGAUCCAGGAAUCUGUAACUGAAACACUGGAAGACUUUUGGAGCUUCAGGGAUUGGUGGCGUUGAACUGAUGAUGAUAUGAUCGAUCUCGCUCUCUCUCUCUCAUGAUUCUUCAUGCUUGUAGGCCUCCUUCUGUGGUGCUGGGGACAUCUUUCGCUUAUCUGCUUGUCUCCUCAUCAAGGAUGCAGUUCUUAUCAAAAUAAAUCAGCACUGGCAGAGACAUUUGAGACCCAGUACCUACAGGUGUUUGCAUUGAAGAGCUGGUGGAGACCAGAUCAACUUUAUCAAGCUAAGAGGAGCAUAGCAGAAAAAGCAAUCAUACUAGCAGCAGUUCGGGGCUUGAGAAGACAAGAGCAAUAAUAGGUAAAUAUGUUAAAGAUGACCUCUUUAACUUCAUUGUAGCCAUCCACAUGUCUGCGACCCUGAGUUCAUACUAGAGCUACUACACUACCAAUGUGUAUACGUUGUUCUCUGAUGAAAACCCAGGAGUGUCAUUGUGGAUGGAAAAUUUGGGUGUUGCUUGUUUUGGUUUUCUUUUUUUUUCCUUUUUUUUUUUGAACCAGACUGACCCCUACUGGAAGACAGCCAGACAUCACCAGACUGGAGUUCUACAGUGCCUGGUUCUUAGAAACUUCAUGACUGUUCAUCCUCAACUCAAAGAAAAUCUCUCCAUUAGGAUACAAGAGCUGAACUUGUUCGGUGCUUCAUCUGGUUAACAAAAUAUACAGUAGCGGACUUUCAACCUUCAGACAGAUCUCUGUCAAGUUCAAAUAGGUGACAUUUGUCCUUUUUGUCCUCAUAAUGUGUAAGCCACAGUCCUAAAGCACUUUCCUGCUUUCAACAGCUGUUGUUAGUUUGUCGUGUUUUCCUUUGCCAAAACGUACCUGAUCAGAUGUACUGCAUUUUUUGCACUUCUUUUUGAACUCCUAUGCAAUUAUUUGAUUUUCUUCGCUGUAAAAAAACCUUUGUGAAUUCACACCUUGUACUAAAAAUCAUAUUCAUUUUGAUUUUUUGGAAAGAUGGAUAGUAUAUUUAUUUUAACUAAAUAUUUCUAUUGUAUGCUUUUAAAAGUUAAAUAAUAGUAAAAACCUUCAUGAGGUGACAUGGAUCCAUAUUUAUAUGAAAAGGCAGGAGAUUUAUUUUUUUGCCAAAAUGUCAGUUGCCUAAAUUCUGAGGAUUUAAUUUUGUUUGUGACUAACCGCAUAUAUGAGAAUGAUUCAGACAUGUGGAAUAUACAGUAUUUGUUUCUUCACCAUAGUCCCUCAGUACAAACAGAGAAACAGGAUGGGCCCGAUCCAUCCAGGACUUUGUCAUUAAAUACAUGUACAUACAUAAGGCAGACAUGACCAUGCAUACAGUACCCAGCAUUGCCUUUUACAAUGUUUUAUCAUAGGAAUACCAAAAAACUGCCUUUUGUUGUAUCAAACAAUUGCACAUAUCAAAAAUAUCUAUCGGAUGUACACUGCAUCUAAUUCUGUAUUACCUCGGGCAGGUUUUGUCUUCUAAAUCUGAAAUAUCCUCCAAUCACAGCUGAAUGCGGAACUGAUCUGGCCCGGCUCUGGCGGAGCAAUCCUUGAUUCGUUCCGGUGUCAGAGCUGCUACCUACGUAUGUUGUCGCUUAUGCUGCAUUUUUAGUUCUGUUGUCGGACCCUAUAACAUGUUCCUCUGUGGUUUAACACUCUUAGCCUCUCUUCAAAUGUCAAAAUGAACAAAUAAAUAUGUCACUAUCAGUAGCACGAUGAUGAAA